UGUCUGCUAGUGUGUGUGUGUGUGUGUCUGGACACUGGGCUAGGAGACUACAGUCUGGAUUUUAGUUCAGUUGUGUCAUCUGCACCUUGAGCCCUGCACCCCUUUGUGGUGAGGGGAAAUCCUGGGACCGAAGCCGCCUGAUUCCUGCCGGAAGAAAAUCCUUGUGAGCAGAGAUCAGCCCCCUGCCGCGACUGAGGAGUCCAGAGUCAUCUCUGAACCUGAGGAUCGUCCAUGGAGUUUAACCCACUCAGCCACACUGCUAAACCACUGCAGAGAAGAAUUUCGUGGUCAUCGGUCAGCAAGGGCCCCAACAAAGUACGCGUACCCACGGGACACUAAUCUUACAUUGGCUACAUCAAGUCACGAGACUGGGGCAAGUCACAGUGCUAGGAGUGCAGUUAUUUCUGCACCAGCCUCAGCCGAUCCAGUUUGUGGAAGUUGGUCACAGCGCAGAGAUCCACUGUUCUUCCACUGAAAACUUGGAAGGCAAAGGGAAAGUGUUAUGGUAUCUGAGAAGAGAAGGAGAGACACCCACAUGCAUUAUGCGCUGUUUGGAUGAUAAAAAUGUGAGUAAAUUUGCUUGCAAACAUGAGCCACACAGCACGAUGCUGGAAAUCAGCAACAUCGAAAAGAACGAGUCUGGCGUUUACUACUGUGCAUAUAUCCACAGCAGCUACCUGAUUUUCGGGAAUGGAUCCACACUGAUUGUUGGAGACAGUUACACCGACAGGAAUAGGGUGUUGCUGCUGGUCCCAUUUCCACACGGCAGCCAAGACACCGUGACAGCACAUCUGGCUUGUGUGGUCCAGGGAGUGUCCGGUCCCGUCCAUGUUUCCUGGAGCGUUUCUGGAGAGCGGCAGGAACAGGGGCUGACGCGCUGGUUGAAGGCGAAGGAUGGAUCUUUAACACUCGUAAAUCACAUCAGCGUCCCCUGGGACACCUGGGCCAGCGGGAAGAUUUUCACCUGUGACGUCAAAUUCAACUCUUCUGGCAGGAGUGUGAAUGCGAGUGCCGGGUACCCUGCGGCCCCAGACCGGCAUUGCUCACAUUACCUCGUGCCCCUGGCGGCUGGGGCUGGGCUGCUGCUGCUGUCGGUGUCUCUGAGCCUCGUCUGGACCCUCUGCCCUUGCACGCUAGGAUGCCGGCCCCGGAUCUCAGCGCCUCCAGCUUCCCGGGAGCCCCAGGUACGGCUCUUCCCAAACUGUCCCUGUCUACAUCAGCGGGUCUGUCUCAAGCAUUUCUAAUCCUCCCCCUUCAUAGAUUGGGGAUUUAAACAACUGGCUGUUCUCAAAGGAGCAGGUGAAGGUGAGAUCGAGCGUUUGGAGUAGCAGGAGGGGAGGACAGAGACUUAGGGUGCGUCUACAUAGCAGCGUAAUUUCGGAAUAACAGAGUGUGCAUCCACAGUACAAGCCAUUAUUUGGAAAUAAUGUCGAGCUGGAGGAUUUCUUCCUCCAAC